UGGAUCUGUCAGGGAGGGUCCCAGGGGAGGGCCCCCAGCAUCUCUGGCCCUAUAAUUUGGGCAAUGCCCAAUGUGGGCAGAUGGGAGGGCAGGGGUCCCUGCUGGCCUAGGGGAAGCUAGACCUGGAGGAGGAGGUGACCUGAGACAGUGGCCCACAUCCACGUGUGCCCACCGUCCCACGGUUCCGAGGGGUAAAUAAUUGAAGGACAGGUCACACGAACCUGCCCGCGUCACAGGAUGCCUUCCCCCGGGUCUGGUUACGCCCCAGAUCGCAUUCUGACAUCCCUGGCUGGUGAAUAAUUAAGCUGCCACCUCCUCCCCAGCCGCCACCCCCUGCGACAGGGCCUCCGUCUUCAGGUCCCACUCUGUAGCUUUCUUCGCUCCCUCAAAGCAGUGGGCACUGGAGGGGACCGACUCCCCCCUCCCCGCUCCCAGCCCUGCCAGCGCCUCCAGCCUCCUGCCCAGCACCUGACUUGCGGCCCACUCUAUGGCCCCCGAGAUGGACCAGUUCUACAGGUCCACCAUGGCUAUCUACAAGAGUAUCACGGACCAGUUUAACCCCGCCCUGGAGAACCUGGUGUACCUCGGGAACAACUACCUGCGGGCCUUCCAUGCUCUGUCCCAGGCGGCUGAGGUGUACUUCAACGCCAUCCAGAAGAUCGGGGAGCAGGCCCUGCAGAGCUCUACCUCACAGAUUCUGGGGGAGAUCCUGGUGCAGAUGUCGGACACGCAGCGGCACUUGAACUCCGACCUGGAGGUGGUGGUGCAGACAUUCCACGGAGAUCUGCUACAGCACAUGGAGAAUAAUACCAAGCUGGACAUGCAGUUCAUCAAAGACAGCCGCCAGCACUACGAGAGGGAGUACCACCACCGAGCCACCAACCUGGAGAAGUGCAUGUCUGAGCUGUGGCGCAUGGAACGCAAGAGGGACAAGAACGUGCGGGAGAUGAAGGAGAGUGUGAACCGGCUACACGCACAGAUGCAAGCCUUCGUGUCUGAGAGUCAGCGGGCAGCUGAACUGGAAGAGAAGCGGCGCUAUCGUUUCCUGGCCGAGAAGCACCUGCUGCUUUCCAACACCUUCUUGCAGUUUUUUGGCCGGGCCCGGGGCGUGCUCCAGAACCGCGUGCUUCUGUGGAAGGAGCAGUCGGAGGCCAGUCGCAGUCCGUCGCGCGCCCACUCCCCGGGCCUGCUGGGCCCCGUGCUGGGGCCGCCCUACCCCUCGGGCCGCCUGACGCCCACCCGCCUGGACAUGCCCCCGAGGCCCCUGGCGGAGUUCAGCUCCCCCCGCAGCCGGCACGGCUCCGGCUCCUAUGGCCCCGAGCCCGUCGAGGCGAGGUCCGCGUCGCAGCUGGAGCCCGAUCGCCGGUCGCUGCCGCGGACGCCGUCCGCCUCCUCGCUCUACGCCAGCGGCACCCAGCGCUCCCGCUCCAACUCCUUCGGCGAGCGCCCGGGUGGCGGGGGCGGGGGCGCCCGGAGGGUCCGCGCCCUCGUCUCGCACUCGGAGGGCGCCAGCCACACGCUGCUGCGCUUCUCGGCGGGAGACGUCGUGGAGGUGCUUGUGCCAGAGGCCCAGAACGGCUGGCUCUACGGCAAGCUGGAGGGCUCCUCCGCGAGUGGCUGGUUCCCCGAGACCUAUGUGAAGCCCCUGGAGGAAGUACCCGUGAGCCCCAUUAACCCCUUGAACCCGGUGACCUCCAUGAACCCGAUGAGCCCUAUGAAUGAGCUUCCUUCCAGAUCCUACCCACUCCGGGGCAGCCACAGCCUUGAUGACCUCCUGGACCGGCCAGGCAACUCUACAGCCCCCUCGGAGUACUGGGACGGCCAGUCCCGCUCCCGGACCCCAACCCACGUCCCCAGCCAUGCCCCCAGCCCUGCACCCACACCCCUGCCCGACAGCCGCCAGAGCAGCAUGGGCAGCCCAGGAGUAGCCAGUGAUGUCAAGAAACUUAUGUCCUGGGAGCAGCACCCUCCAGAGCUCUUCCCUCGGGGCACGAACCCCUUCGCCACGGUAAAGCUGCGUCCCACGGUCACCAACGACCGCUCGGCGCCCCUCAUCCGCUGAGACGCCUUCCUCCGGCAGGGGGCUGAGGUCGUCCCCCCACACCUGCCCGGGGGCUGCCCAGAGCUGGCGGCAGCAGCAGCA